AUGGACCUGGUCGACCGCAGGCUCGCCGAACUUGGCCUGAAGCACGACCCCGCCCGGGACGCUACCCGGGACAAGAGUCGUGGCAAGGCCACGUCGCAAGACCGCUCCAAUCGCGUCGAGCAGUAUUUGGAGGAGAUCAAGCGCAUGCGAGAACAACAACUUCCGCGGGGCCCUUGCGAUAAGCUUGACCGGAAGCGGUUCCGCACCGGGCGGAAGCUGGGCAAGGGGCGAUUCGGGCAGGUGUUCUUGGCUGAGGAUCGCGUGAGCGGCGUGACCCUGGCGAUAAAGGAAAUCAGCAAGAAGACCCUUCUGGAGAGUGAGAUGAACGUCUACAUGUUGCUCGAACUGGCAGAAGGCAACGUCUUCCGGGAGCUGCGGGCGGAAAAGAGGUUCAGUGAGGGCAAGGCGGCCUUCUACCUACGGCAGAUGAUCGAGGCCCUGAUCUACCUGCACGGUGAAGGCGUGAUCCACCGUGACAUCAAGCCCGAAAACAUCCUGCGCUGUAACGGCACCAUCAAGCUCUCGGACUUCGGUUGGUCGGUCUACUCGCCUGAGCGGGAUCGCAAGACCUUCUGCGGGACUCUGGACUACGUCUCGCCUGAUAUCGUGCUGGGCAAUCACUACGACCACCGUGUCGACGUCUGGAGCGAGGAGGUCUACGAAAACAUCCUCCAGGCGACCUGCAGAUUUCCGGAGCACCUCUCCGCCGGGGCCCGCGAGCUGAUUUCAGGACUACUACACAAAGACGCGGAGAGGCGAACCACGCUGCAGCAAGCUCUGCAGAGUCGCUGGGUGCAAGAAGGCAGCAGGCACGGCUUCAGCCUGGACCGCGAGCUGUACGGGCAAGCAACCCCGGUGCUGCAGUGA